AUGGCGGCGGCGGGGAGCGGCGGCGGGCUGCGGCGGUGGUGGCGGCCCGCCGCGGGCCUGGGCCGGGCGGUGUGCAGCGGCAGCGGGCGGGCGGCGGCGCUGCGGGCCGAGGAGCUGGCGGAGCGGCUGCGGGCGCGGAGGAGCGAGGAGGAGAAGCGAGAGAUCCCCAAAGACCCAGCACAGAGACGGGUCCAGGAACUUGCCAUGCUGAGCAAGCAGCUGCAGCAGGUUCACCCCAACGUCCUGGCCAAAGUGCUCAAGCAGGGAACCGUGUACCAGAACGAAGAGAUCGUGGUCAUCAACAAACCCUACGGCCUUCCCGUGCACGGCGGCCCCGGGGUCAAGAAUUGUAUCGCUGAUGUGCUGCCGAUUUUGGCCAAGAUGUUGGAGAACAUAAAAGCCGAACCCCUCCACCUCUGCCACCGGCUGGACAAAGAGACCACGGGUGUUAUGGUGCUGGCGCGAAGCAAGGAGGUGGCAGAGAGGAUCCGCCUUCUCUUCAAAACUCGUCAGGUGGAGAAGGUCUACUGGGCAAUUAGCCUGGGGGACCCAGACCCCACCGAGGGCAUCGUGGAGAUCCCCAUCGUGGAGAAGGAGGUGCAGAGCCACCAGUCGCAUUUCAAGAUGACACUGGCCCCCAGCUAUCGCCUUUCUCCUGAGGACGGGAAGGUGGUGAAAAUCCGCAAGAACCGCAACGCUGAAAGCGCCGUGACGCGGUACCGCCUUCUGGCUAGCUCUUCCGCCUGCUCUCUGCUGGAGCUCCAGCCCAUCACAGGGGUGAAGCACCAGAUCCGGGUUCACCUGGCCUAUGGGUUGGGGUGCCCCAUCCUGGGGGAUCACAAAUAUUCACACUGGAGCAAGCUGGCACCCCAGAAGCUUCCUGAAAUCACCUUGAAGAGGCUGAAGCUGCAGCAGAGCAAGGCUCGCCACCUCCCGCUCCACCUCCACGCCUACCGGCUCUCCCUGCCCCUGGGCCAGCGGAUAGACCUCGUCUGCAAGCCGCCCCUGUUCUUCCAAAAGACUGUGAAGAAGCUGGACCUGGAUAUCGCUAACGACUAACAAGGCAGGACGGGAGUGGUACCGUCUACCUCUGCAUCUCCACGUGGUAGCGCUGAGUCCGGCCGCUCUGCAGCGGUGUCCAUCUUGGAGCCAGCGGUGUGAUGAAGUCUACAGUCUCUGCCGCUUGCCAGAGACCUCCUGUGUUGGUACCAGUGUUGCUGGCUGCAAACCAGGUACCUGCGUGUGCUUCUUGCCCUGAUUUGGUGCAGAAACGUGGCUGGGGGCACUGAAGAGCCUCUUGUUUCGGACAAACGAGGCUGGGUAGAAACCGGGCUUUGCCCAGUCUGUGUUUUGAAUUUGUCUCUGAGCAAUAAAAGGUGCAGUUCCUGCCGAGGUGAA